AUGGACCCCUCGGCGACGAGAUCACAACGGCAGGACCAAAGCGCAAGGACGGGGGUACAGGAAGAUGCAGGUAUAAAUGCAGGAGGUGUGGAAGUAGGAGCACAGAGUACAAAUGGGGAACUUGCGCCUCCGCCGCAGGUCUCAAGGGAGGAGUCGACGCAUGGGCAGGCUCUGACCGGGAAGCAAGAACACUACCUCAAGCGCGAACUCCUUUCCCAGCAGGUUACCUACGAGAUUACGGAGCUCAACUCUCCUACCGCCCUGCAACGAUUCGGCGCCCCCUUCAAGUCCGAUUUUGGUGAGGUCAGCCCGCUGGACAGCGAGCUGCCGAUCUUAAGGUACAUCUUCGUGCAUCAUGUGCGCGAGUUCCCGUUCUUGGAUAAGGCACGGGAGAAGGAAUUCUGGCAGGAUAAGCUGCAGGUGGAGAGGCGCGAACCGAGAUUAGGAGAAAUUGUAGAUGUUGGCUCAAAGGCGAGGAGGGCUAAUCAUCACCAAAAGUUCUUGCAAUCUUUCGCCAAUAAACAUAUUUCAUCUUCUGAAGACAGAUUAGAGGAGACGAAGCGCAGAAAGCUGUCUAUCAAAUGCCAGAAACUAGUCGAGCUGAUGAUGGUAUCCGGUAUCCCCACAGCUUCAGGCUACGAAGAGCGGAUCCGUUUCUCCGAGCUGGAGGUUGUGGAUGCAGGGGCCAUCGAUCACGGAGUUAUGAAUACCUUGCCCGAGGGACAUUUCACGAAUGGGUGGGAUGUGAAUGUUUCUGGUGUACGCACAAAGAGUGUUAAGAGGAAUGUGCGGCAUCACAAACAUGCUGAAUUCAUUCUGAGGGUCAAGAGAAAGAAUGAGCUGGAAUUUUUUGUCGGGAGACGCUAUGGGGACUUCAGCCGCUUGCACAAGAAUUUACGAACCGAGUUGCCAGGCAAGAUUCUGCCACCAUUGCCGAGAAAGAACAAGCAGAGUUCUACCGCUUCGAACAUCCUAAAUGGUAUCACAGGGAGAGGAGGCGACGACGAUGCGUCUUCGAUAUCUUCUGUCUCGACUACGGGGGCGGCUUCUCAGGCUGCGUCGUCUAUGAAUACUCUCUCAGUUAAAGACAAACACCUCAGCGCCUCAUCAGCCUCCUUCGGCUCAUUCGGUCGCAGCUCUCCGCGUGCAUCGACUGACACUGGGAGACCAUUGAGCCCCGCACAAGACGAUUCUGUAGUCUUAUGGCGCGAGAACCAACGCAUCUCACUCCGUGCUUUCCUUCGCACGCUGCUCGCAAACCCGCAAAUUGCGAAUACGAGAUCUAUCCAGGAUUUUUUAACUCUGGAGCCGAUGACGCCUACGGAUGCUGACAUCGAGGAUAUCAGGCGACGAAAGGCGAUGGAUGAGAAGAGAGUCGAAGAGCAGAAAAAGUUUUAUGAGAUUGCGCGGAAGAGAGCUGCGGAGUUGGAUGUUUACAUGGAGCAAUUCCGACGAGAUAUCGUCGAGAGCAAUGGUCUUACGAAGCUCUUUAAGGAGAUCAAAGAGAAGUCUACCAUCCAAGACCUGAGUAUCCAAUACCAGAAAUUCGCCGAAUGGCUGCGCAUCGAAGUCGCGGCUACUAUCUACCACCUGUUCCUUGCUGAAGAUAACUCGCCAGAACUGUUCGCCCAGAUGAAAAAGAUACAUUCCAUGAUUCCGUACUCGAUGAUCAAGAAUGCGAUCCGGAUCGCUAAUCCCAUGACUGUCAUGUCCAGCGUCCUGGAUAUCUUCCUGGCUCAGCCAUUCGGCGCGAGAUCGCUGAUGCAACGAAUUUUUGCUUUCACUUUACACGAUGGUAUCAAGGGCUUUCAAAAGUCUAUCGACUCCCUCGUCGCAAAGAUUGAUGAUCCGGUUCUCUGUAGAAAGUUGAAGCAAUUCUCCGAUGCACCAGAAGACAUCAAGAACACCAUCAGACACGAGUCCGUAACCGACACCGUCGACCUCAUCGUCGCCAUCUUGCGUUCAGAAGAAAUCCAGCCGCCUCUCAACUCCAAGCAAAUCAGCAGAGUCUUUAACGCAUACGUCGCCUGGAAUAGCGCGGUCGAGAACGUAGACGAGGAGAUGAAGCAAGGCGCGCAGCUAUUCUCGUCCAUGAAGCAACUGCUGAAGCUGUAUACAAGACAGCGCGACAAGGCCAUGAUGCUGAGUAUGAUUGAGGAGCCGGUCACGCUACAGCUAUUGAGGGAUCUGUUCACAAUUUUCUACGAGCCACUAGUGAGAGUUUAUAAGAGUGCGAAUGUGUACAACAGCGUUACGGACUUCGCGGUGUUCAUUGAUGAUAUGAUAACUGUUGUCGAAAAGUGCCGCGAACAAGACGUGUCAGCCGAUCCCAAUCAAACAGUGCAAGCGUUCAUCGACCUUUGCCAGCGUCACGAGCACAACUUCUACAAGUUCGUGCACGAAGUACAUACGCAUGACAACGGCCUCUUCACCCAGCUCAUGGGCUGGAUAGAAGGCAUUCUCGAGUUUCUCCGCCACGGUCCCAAAGCGGGUAAACUCGACAUCAACGCCUUGUUUGCAGGCGCUGUCUCGGUUAAUCAGCUUGACAAAGACAAAGCGAUUACUGAAAUCAACUCCCUGAUCGCCUGGCAAGAAGCACGCAAGAAGUGGCACAGUGAUAAGACCCGCCAGAAGAUGGCGGCGGAAGGCGGCGGUGCGCAAGGGGGCCAAGAGAUGCUACCGGGCGCGGCGUUCAGCAGCGCAGACUUUGGGCUCGACCAGAUGGACCUGCAAGAUAUGCAGUAUGAGAGCGACGAGGCGGGGAGCAGCGACGAGGGCGAGGAAGAUGAUGAACUUGAUCCUAUCGCGGCAGAGCGUAAGCGAAGGGCGCGCAAGCAGGAUCACCUGAGGAGGAGUGCGGGGGAGCCGGUCAAGCCUGAUGUGGUGGAGGUGGGGAGGCUGAGGGAGAGCUUUCUGAGUAUGCUGAGAAUGGUGCUUGCUGAGUAG